CAAAAAGGAAAUUGAACUAAAAUUGUUAACGUUCUGUCAGAUUGACUCAGAUUCACCUGAUCUAGUAAAAUAUAAUAGAAAACAUGACAUCAAACGGGACUUUUAAAGCAGAAGAAGCAGAGGGUCCACCUCCAGAAUAUAAUGAGAGCCAAUAUAUAUCAAACACACAGUCGCCACCAUCUUAUACACAAGAUCAAACUCCUCCUCCAUCAUAUGAAUCUUUGUAUGGAAGAGUAAAGGCAGCGAAACAAAAAUCAACAUCAAAAGCUGGAUUCUUUGUUUCCUUCCUAGGAAUAUUGUUUGGGACAUUGGGCUGUACAGUAUGUCUUGGUUUACUGCUGGCUUUACCCAUUGCGAUGAUAGCUAUUGGAUCAAUGUACAUCCAUGACUGUCCAGCAGAAAGGUAUAUUCCGAUUUACCUGAUUGUUGCCGGAAGUGUUGGUAUUAUUGCCAACUUAAUGGGAUUGGGCAAGAAGGCAAAGAAUAGGAAUGAACAACAGGAAGAACAGCAGGAAAAUGUUAAAGGCAACCCAUUGGACUACAUCAUUAACUGUUUCCUGCUAGCUUGGUUCAUAGCUGGUAAUGUUUGGGUCUACAGAACUCAUGGUCACUUUUCUACUGAUCCAACACAAACAGACUUUUGUCAUCCGACAGUUUAUUGGUUUGCCUUCUGGGUAAUCACAUCAACCUAUAUUCUUAUUGGUGUGAUCUGCUUAUUUGUUUGUGUCAUUGGGUGCUUUGCAGCUUUUACAUCUGACUGAUUAUGAUCAAUCUGAGUCUGUUAAGAGGUUUAUCUUAACUCUGAUUAUUCUGGUUCUUUUGAGUGUUUUGUAACAUAUUUUUAUAUGCCUUUUUGUAUAUAAUGGUUGAUAUACUUCAUAUUUAUAUUUAUAUUUAUUUAUUUAUUAACUUGUUACACAUUUUCAAAAAAUUAUUUUCUGAUAUGUUGUUACUUUAAAAUGGUUGAUACUGGUUUUUUUGUUGAACUAUUUUAGAUCAUAGACAAAUUUACACAAGAACAAGUUAUUAAAUUAUUUUAUUUGAAUUAAGCAAUUCUAAUUUACUAUUAAAGACUUUUGGCCUGAAAACACGUUCAAAGUGGAUUAUUUUAAAGUUAUAAGUUCAAAUUUCAAUUCGCACAUGCUCUUUCUUAUAUAUUUUUUUCUCUGUAUAUUGUACUACUUUUGGAACAGAUUAGAAAAAAAAACAUAAAAAAGUCUACCAGCUCUUACUCAAAUUAUAGAUAUUUCUAUGUUAAGGAUGUCUAUUAUUCAGUUGGACAGACUUUCUUGAUUACUUCUUUAUUUUCCUAUUGUGAAGGCAUGAAAAAAGGAGACCAUGUCUGAUGGUGUCACAUAUAAAGAAUUCAACUUUCUGCAAAUUUUUGAAAAGGAAGAAUAAAAAUCAUUAAAGAAACAGAUGCCACCACUAUAGAAUGAUAGAAUAUUACAAUAUUUCUCCACUCAUUUAGUUUUUUGAAAAGCUUUGCAAACCUCAUGCUUUAAAUAUUAGUGAAGAAAUAUGCUAACACAUGUGUAUCUGUUGUAGAGUCUAUAUGUAAUUAUCUUGUUAUGCUAUUGCAUUAGAAAGAUAUUUAAAAUAAAUGAUAAUUAUAUGGAUUCCUGUAAUUGCUUUACUUUGUAAAUUUAUUUUAUGCAAUUAGAUAAAUUUUAUUAUGUUCUAUAUAAUGUAUUUGCAUAAUAGUGUCAGUAUAGAAAUAAUGAUCAGAGAUAUGUUACUGUAUACUCUUAUGUGUGUACUCUAUGAAUUCCUUAUGUAGAAAAGGGUCUGGAUGGGGUAUACUUCAUUUCUUAAUUCUUUAAUAUUGAUAUCAUUUUUUCAUUUUCUUUAUAUUUUAGCACUCCAUUAUUCUUUUUUAUCGUUUUUUUGUGUCUAUUUUCAUCUUUUCUUGUAUAUUUUGACCAUUAUUCUCUUUUCUCUUAUUAAUUUUUCUAUUUUUGUCUAUACUUAUUUGUUUGACAAAUUAUUCUCUAUUCUGUAAACCCAAACCAGACCCUUUUUUUUUUCUUGAACAUAAAACUUGAGUAGAGAAAAAGAUUAAGAAAUAUAAAUGUAACAUUCACAAAGAUAAAUGUUCUUCUUGUUUAAAUAAGAGUUCGAAUACCUACAUUAGGUCAGAAUUUACUUCAAAUGAAAUAUUGAUAUUUCAUUUUAUAAAAUAGUGUGUUACUAGUAUAAGUAGUCUGAUACAUCAUUCAUCAUGGGAUAUAUUUUUUACAUUAUGAAACAGUACCUGUAUAUACAAUUUGAAUUAGUAAACAUAAUGUUCUUCAGUAUACACAUUAGGACUUUUCCAGAAUUAAUUGUAAUGGGGGAGGGGUUGGGAAGGAAGGCCUUUUUUUAAAAUUUGAUGAGUGGUGGUUAUUUAAGAAAGAUUGCUUGACCAUUUAAAUGAAAUAUCCAUUUUAAAAUGUAUGCAUGGUGGGGUAAAAUAAAAAGUGCCUUACGUCCCCCCUCCCCCGCCAUACAUUUAUUUUUGGAACAGCCCUUAUGGAACUUUGAAAUAGAAUGAUUGUGUUGUUAAUAGUCAAAAGCAAUCAAAAUAAUAAUUAUGAAUUUUAAAAUUGAAUUAACAAAAUAAUUACAAAUAAAAUCACCAUGAAUUAAUAUAAAUCAAUACCCAAAAAGGUAAAUUGUACAUGUCUGACCUAUGUAGUUAUGUUACCAAUUAGAGAUUUUUAAGUUAUUUUUACGAAGCAUAAUAUAUUUAAUCAUAUUAAUAUUUAUAUCUAUAAAUUGUUGUUAUGGUAUAUGUAGUUGGAAUGUAUGAAUCUAGAGAGAUACUUCUGUUAAAUGUAUUUUUUGUUGGGAGUCGAGGAGAAAUUUUGGUAUUAGACUAUUGGUUAUAUUUUGUUUUUAACAGCUCAAGACUAAAUUGAAACAUAUGUGUCUGUUUUUGCUAGACUGAUUUUGAAAUUGCAAGAUGAAUGUACUAAUUUGUUUUGAAAAUUGAAACAUUUAAAACCAAGGACAAUAGAAAUGUAUAGCAUCAUGCUCUUAUAUUUAAAAAAUAAGAAUUAUCUUAAGAGUUAGUUGAACACAUUUCAUCCUCUUGAUUCAAAGCUUUAUUGUAUAGACAGAUAUCUAACCUGUGCCUAAAGUAUAUAUAAAAACCUUUUUUUUCUUUGACGAUUAGUAAUUAAAGUUUUUUUUGAAGAAAUGUUAGAAGUAUCAAAUUUUUAAUUGCACACUACAUUUCUAUUCUUAUUAUUAUCUAUAAUGUAACCAGUCAAACAAUUUUUGAUGGCUUUGUAUAAUAUUAUGAUAUUCUAUUGUUAUGUUCUAUUCUAAUGUGAAAUACCUAUUGAUUUGAAUUUCAACAUACACACAUUGUUAUCAUUGUUGUUAUCUUGUAAUGGUAAUGACAUAAUUUUCUCAAUUUGCCAUUUCAACUCAAUAAACUAUCAAAAUAAGACUAU